AUGUCUUUAUUGCAGAAUGGAAACCCAUUGGAUGAUAAAAUAUCAGUUGAACAAGAAAAUGAGGGGAGCUUGCCAUCAGUUAAUGCAAUGAUCAUUGAAAAACCACAAAAAGCAGCUGAAGGCCAUGUGCAAAGAAUGAUUCUUGGGCCUAAGCGUUCGAUUGAUGCUAUUAGCAACAACAUUCGUAUAGAGCAGCUGCAUACUAGAAAUGGAUAUGUGGGAUCUCCAAAUGUUGUCGAUCAUGUUCAUAAUAUUAUAAGCAAAGGAAGUCGAUAUUUCAAUAACGGUACGACAAGUAAAACUGUCCAGCCUGUUCCUGUGUAUGUCUUAGAGAGACUAGCAAAGUCGUCAGAUAAGCCAUAUGAAAAAGGACAGGAAGAAGCCGACAGUGUCAAGAAUUUGAAUGGAUUUGUUAAGCUAGAUACAAUUCAUCAGGGAAAUAAUGAUCCUUUUAUUCAAACCUUUAAAAACGAUACAAAUGCAUCAAAAUGGCGAGAUUUUUUAGGGACAGUCGCUAUUCCUUCGUUAAAGUCUGAACAGGGAGAAACAACUGGCUCAAAUACUAUACUUGAUGGUUACAGAUUAGAUGAUAAAUGGAAAGGAGAAUCACGUUUAGUGCGAUGCUUCCAAAAAUCGUCCACUCUUUCAAGUGCAGAUUACGAUUCGUUUAAGGAGAGUUAUGAUUUGGAAUCAAAUGAUUCGGAUGAUGAUGGAAGUAUAUCCCAUAAUAAAAGGAGACACGUGUAUAUGAGCGCAAAAGAGAGACGACAACAUUAUAAAGAAAGAGCCAGAUACUGGAUACAGGAAAAUCGAAAGAACUGGAAACCGAGACUGGUGGAAUCCUUGCUCUCAAAUGCAUAUGUUCCUUUAGCCUUCCGUCUUAUCACUUUGGCUUUAACCGUAAUUACACUUGGAUUGGGCGGAAAUUUGGUAAAAUUGGGCACCCACAAAGGUAAUUCGAUUUCACCAUCACCUGUUAUGACUGUCUGUGUUCAAUCAAUUGCCGUGUUCUAUAUAUUGUACACGACAUAUGAUGAGUUCACUUCACAGCCUCUCGGGCUUAGGAACCCUACGGCCAAAAUCAGACUCAUUCUUCUUGACCUACUGUUUAUUAUUUUUAAUUCGGCAGAUUUGGGAUUAGCGUAUCAAGAAUUGUUCGAUUCGUCUGGAAUCUGUCAAUCUACCAGUACUGAGGACUUGCCUAUAACUCGUGGUACUAUAUGUGACCGUCAAAGAGUACUCACUGCUUUUCUAUUUCUCAUUCUAGUUUCCUGGUGUGUCACGUUUACUAUUGGAGUCUUCAGAGUUGUGCAUGUUGUCACGGAUGCACGCAAUAGAAACUGA